AUGUUCUAUAAGCACUCUCAUCAUUCAUCAAGAUUUACUACAUUAAAUGAAGAAUCAUAUAAUCAAGAAACUUGUGAUGCAAAGUCACAUAGACCAUCUAGAAUGUUUGUUUCUACAAGUUUAAGCUUAUAUAAUCGUCCUUAUUUAUACUCAAAAAGUAUACCAAAAUCACUUAUUGAGGAAGGUAACAUUUAAAUUUAAAGUUGUAUUUUAAGGUUACAGAUCCAAAAGUAUUCUUUAUCAUAUGUGUUUAUUAUCAAAUGAUAUAAAUAUAAAGAAGAGACAAAGUAGAAGGGAGAGAGAAAAAACAAUUUUAUUCACAGAUAACAUGGAAUUAUAUCAUCAUAAAAUUAUAAAAAGGGUUAAAGAAAUGUGCAGAAGGAAGAGUUGUAAUUGUGGAGGAUGUGGUAUAAAAACUAAAUUCGAAAAGAAACAUGAUGAUUUUGAAGUUCGUACUUAACAAGCUAUAACUUCAGAUUUAAAGUUACUUUCAUUUACUAGAGGAGGAUAAAAGAAAAAAUAAACAAUAAUUAAGGAAUUUAAAAUAAAAUAAAUUAAUGAAAAAAAAAUUAAAGCCCAGUUUUCCUCAAUGAAUACAUAAUUAAUAAUUAAUUUACCAUUGACUUAAAGAGAAAGUUUUUAAGUUGAUUAAUAAUUAGACACUUAAAGAUCUCUCUUAAAAACUACUAAAAAUAUCAUAUAAUCAUUACCAUCCAUUAAAAAUAUAGUGCCUUUAACAAUUUUAAAAUAAAUUUAUAUUGCUGGUAAAUAACAAAAAUAAUGUGCUAUUCGGAAACCAUCUCAUGACUCUCUAAUAAUGAAAGCUUAUAAACUGAAAUGA